UACAGCUGUUUCACGUUGCUAAAAUCCUGCGCAACCUAGUAUCCACGAUUUACAUCUAUGCAGUGAUGCAAACAAGCGCGCAGGGAAAUAAAGGAAUUAUUGUGUGGCUGCCUUUUUGAUUAAAAAACACUCCCAGCCCGUCUUCGCUCACUAUGCGGAGGCUUCAUGAUAGCAACGCGAUUCACAUAGGUCGUGUAUAACGGAUAUUUUAUGGAAGGUGGAAGCAGGAGAGGCUGUGAGGCUGAGGAGUCGGGGCAUCAGCUGAGCUGGGGACUGGAGCGUUAGCAAGCUAGCCUUCGUGACAGAAACGUUCAUAACGGAGCAGCGACUGUUCGCUGGUUCACUUCAUCAUGGCCACAAAUGGUAACAGUUUAACGCCUGCGAUGGGAGAGAUCAUUCAGUUAAACGUCGGUGGGACGAGGUUCAGCACCUCCAGACAGACUCUGAUGUGGAUCCCAGACUCUUUCUUUUCAAGUUUACUGAGUGGAAGGAUCUCCACUCUUCGGGAUGAAACUGGAGCUAUAUUUAUUGACAGAGACCCGACAGCUUUUGCACCAAUAUUGAAUUUCCUCCGAACCAAAGAACUGGACCUGCGGGGUGUCAACAUCAGCGUCCUGAGACAUGAAGCAGAGUUUUAUGGGAUUACUCCUCUGGUGCGUCGCCUGCUGUUGUGUGAGGAACUGGACCGCUCAUCAUGUGGUAGUGUUCUCUUCCAUGGUUACCUGCCACCCCCAGCCAUCCCUGCCCGAAAAUCAAGCCCCGCAUCAGCAGCCAUUGGCUCUGCUUCAGAUGAACGGCCAGGCCCUAGUGGAGCAGAGGGCUUCACCCGCGUUGGCCCCCUUUCUCACCCAUCCUUCUCUGCCUCGCCUGGAACAGAUGACGGCCACAAACUGGGUCCCAUGGUUGACCCUAGGAAGGUGCUGAUUAUAGCAGGACACCACAACUGGAUUGUAGCAGCCUAUGCGCACUUUGUAAUCUGCUACAGGAUAAAGGAAUCCUCUGGAUGGCAGCAGGUGUUUUCCUCUCCCUACCUUGACUGGACCAUUGAACGUAUUGCACUGAAUGCAAAGGUGGUGGGCGGCCCACACGGAGAUAAAGACAAGAUGGUGGCUGCCGCCUCUGAAAGCAGUAUCAUCCUCUGGAGUAUCCAAGAUGGAGGCAGCGGUAAUGAGAUAGGGGUUUUCAGUCUCGGCGUACCUGUUGACGAUCUCUUCUUUAUCGGGAACCAGCUGGUGGCUACCAGUCAUACAGGAAAGGUUGGAGUGUGGAACGCUGUUACACAACACUGGCAGGUUCAAGAUGUGGUUCCCAUCACCAGUUGUGACACUGCAGGAUCCUUCCUGCUACUGGGCUGUAACAAUGGCUCUAUCUACUACAUAGACAUGCAAAAAUUUCCUCUGAGGAUGAAAGACAACGAUCUUUUGGUGACCGAGCUUUAUCACGACCCAUCCAAUGACGCCAUCACUGCACUGUCUGUCUACCUCACACCUAAAACCAGUGUGAGUGGGAACUGGAUCGAGAUAGCCUAUGGGACUAGUAGUGGAGCAGUGAGAGUGAUCGUGCAACACCCAGAGACAGUAGGAUCAGGCCCCCAGCUCUUUCAGACCUUCACUGUGCACAGGAGCCCAGUGACAAAGAUCAUGCUGUCUGAGAAACAUUUGGUAUCAGUGUGUGCAGAUAACAACCACGUUCGGACGUGGACAGUAACCCGUUUCAGAGGGAUGAUCUCCACACAGCCAGGCUCCACCCCUCUAGCUUCCUUCAAGAUUCUGUCUCUGGAGGAAGCAGAGAGUCACGGGAGCUACGGCUCUGGGAAUGAUAUAGGUCCUUUUGGAGAGAGAGAUGAUCAGCAAGUUUUUAUCCAGAAGGUGAUCCCCAUCACCAACAAACUGUUUGUGAGGCUCUCGUCAACUGGGAAAAGGAUCUGCGAAGUGCAGUCAGUGGAUGGGACCACCAUUACUUCCUUCAUGGUACGGGAGUGUGAGGGCUCCAGUCGAAUGGGGUCCCGACCUCGCCGUUAUCUGUUCACAGGUCACGGCAAUGGCAGCAUCCAAAUGUGGGACCUGACCACUGCGAUGGACACUGCCAAUAAAGGAGAAGAGAGGAAGAAAGAGGAUAUAGGUGGGCCUACAGAGGAGGAGCUGCUACAGCUGUUGGACCAGUGCGACCUGAGCACCUCCCGCUGUGCGACACCUAACAUUAGCCCCGCCCCCUCUCUGCUACACCACACACGCCUCCGAGAGUCCUGUUCGAGUCUGCAGUUACAGGCACCGGAGCCCAUUCCCGAGACCCAGGCUACAUAUGGAGCUGUGCGACCCUACAGAGAGAGCCCCCUGCUGGCCCGUGCUCGUCGAACUGAGUCCUUCCACAGCUACCGAGACUUCCAGAACUUCAGCCUGACUCGAGGUGUCCUGGACAGCACAGGGCAGACCCCUGAUGCCCGCCGCUCUCUUUGUGACUUUGGGCCUGAAGACAGUGAGAGGAGAGCCUCAGUCUUGGAGCUGUGGGCUUCCCGUACCACAAGUGCAAGCUGUAACACAACAGCUGGAGCGUCUGGAGUAUCUGCCACAAAAGCUGAAUCCAGUCAGGAAUCUGCACGGCAGCCUCCAGACAGCCCAAUUCCAGGAGGUGACGUCAGGAGAAAGGUACAUGCUCAGUCAGAAGAAGGAGAGGCUCCUGCAUUGGGAGGAGACGCGGUGAAGGUUGAUGGAGGUGUGAGGAAAAGGGGAGUACUGGAAGGAAGCUUUCUUGGGAGAAAGAGGGCUCCUCCAGUUCCACACCUUGCCUCUGUCCCCUCUGGAUCAGAAGGCGGUGGGAGCGACUCUUCUUCAAAUGCCUCUCCUUCCCCCACCAAACUGUCCACCUCACCACGACACAGGAAGCUGGUACCUGAGCCAUCCAGCCAGGACAGCAGCCUGUGAGGGCGCCUUUUCUCUUGCUCUCGGUGGAAGUUAUCUCGUAGAGGUACACCCUCUAGGUGAUCAUGAUAACAGAAUUUAAGAGCAAAAGAGGAACACGAAGCAAAAAAGUAGCGACGGCCCUUUCCGCCUCCACAACAGCCUUGUUAAAGUAUGGUUCAGGAUGUUUGUUUCUCUUCAAAUCCCACACAACAGGAGUGCUGCCAUGUUAUACUGAGCGCAACAUAAAUAUACAACAUCCCAACGCUAACAUCACUGUCAUGGCAGGAAUGCUUUUCUUUCUUUUUCUUAGAUUACUCACCCUCGUAAAAAUCUGCCAGGUGCCAGUGAUGCUCCUCCUGUCUCUGUUUGUGUUUAUUUUAGGCUGUCUUACCAGAUUGCUGAUAAUCUUUUUAGCACUUUAAGUUUUAGGCAUGAAUCAGAUCGUUUGCUGGCUCAGUCCUGGAAAGAAAAAUGCGUUUUUUCUUCCUUUUAUGAUGUUGCUCACGCAACAUCUUAAGGAACACACAGCCACUACAAGAACAGGACAAAAGUCUGUUUGACGAGGUACGGUUAAAGGAGUGGUCGGUCACUUCUAAAUGUGAAAACAUGAACUAAUUAACAUUAAUAACAUACCACAGCACUAACAGUAACCAUUUACCAAGAUAUUUCAAAGUGUUUCUAAUAACCUAUAUCAGGUGUGCAUUACUUUGUUCAGAACCUGAUCUUCAUAUCUGUAACUAACAGUUACUUCUAUUAUCAUAUAAGUCAUUUUAGAUGUUUUAGUCUAAAACAGUGUCAUAACAUGUUACCUAUCACAAACGAUUUCACUUAUAAUGGUAUAAAAAGGGAACAAAUCAGUAAAACUAGACCCCGUUUGGUGAUUGAUCACCUGAUUGGCUGACUGAUCCGUUCAGCACUAGAGCAGUGGAAUUGAUCAGACCCCGAACCAGAGGCCACGAUUAUAUCAAGCAUCUCUGACACUAUGUGCAAUUUGUCGUGCAAUCGAUUUUUACUUACCUUAAAUGUGUUACCUUCACUAGAAUUCUAGCCAGAUACUUGGAUCCUAGAAUACUUUGGGACACAGUAGUUAUUGUUGUUAAAGCAACAACACUAAAAAGCCAAUAGAGAGCGAGCAGUUCAAGCAGGCGAUACAACUUUACAGAGUUGUAUGACAGCUCAGUACUAUGCAACAGUGGAUUUAUCAUGCACACCAGAAAUGAAUAACUCUGGUUCCCGGGCGAUUCAAACUGAAAUCUACGUGGAUAACGGCCUGCAAAAACGUCGAACCCCCGUGUGGAUGAGUGCCUGCUUUUCACUUCAGCUGGCACAGUUUUACCCGUUAGUUCCAGUCAAGUUACGCUGUUAAUCUCCUUUUAUGCUAAUUGCAGUUCAACAGGCUCUUUGAUCCUCAAACAAGACAAAAAUUGAAACAGUUGUGUGAAGCGUUGGACUGCAAUGUUAAAAAAUGUGAGGUAUUUUAUUAGACGAUCUAUAUGUGGGAUUCAAAGAAGAUAAUUCAGUGCUCGAAGCUAAAAAAAAUUAUAUUUACACAAAAUAGUAAAAGCAAAUGUCUUUUUAGUAUUUUGUGGUAUAGAUAGUCAAGUUCUUCUUGUCUCAACAGAGAGAAAGAACACAUUUUAUUGUCAGCUUGUUGUUAUAGUUCACAAGUAAGAGGAACCGUUUGUGUUCCUGCUUUAUCAUUAUUAUUAUUUUCACAGUGGUGCCUGUGCGAGAUCACUCUAAUUAUUUAUUUUUUUAUUUUCACACUACACUCAUGCUAAAACAAGGACCUACACUACAUCACUUUACUCCCUUUGAAACAGGUAUAAAAUGUGUGUUGUGUUGAAUGACUGUUGCAGUGCCUUAUGUAACUUGUUUGGCGGUUAUCAGUCCGUUAAUGUGUUUUAGUUGAAAAAAAAUUGUGACCAAAUGCUUGUGAAGACGGAGUUCAUUGUGGAGGCACGUUACAGACCUGCCCACGUCGCUGUUGGCUAGAAUUGUGUUAUGAUUUUACAGCGGGAUAAAAUAGAUGUAAAGAGUGGCAUUAAAUAUUAAGUAAUUAGGGAUUUACCGAUGAGUGUACUGUGAAAUUCUGGAUCGACAGUGAUACUGAUGUUUAUUAUGUUGUAGUUGCUUUUUUUUUUUUUUUU